CUUUUCUCCCUCUCAACAUGCCCUUUCUUCUACUAUCCAUUCCCAAGUCUUUACCGGAAAAUGGAGCCGGGAUUUCAGCUUCAGUUGCCGCCGUUGAAGACUCAACACCCGUGGGGUCUAAAGGAGCGGCUAUGAGUAUGACCUCUGGUGCAGCAGUUGAGGUUUUGAGCAAGUUUGAGGACCCAAAGUGGAUUUGGGGAACUUGGGACUUGAAACAGUUUAAGAAAGAUGGUACCACUGACGGGGAUGCUGUUAUUGAUGCUGGUAAGUUUAUACAGGAUAAUCCAGAAACCACCAGUAAUGAUGACCCUGUAGUGUUUGAUACAUCCAUCAUACCAUGGUGGGCAUGGAUGAAGAGAUUCCAUCUACCUGAAGCCGAAUUGCUUAAUGGCCGGGAGGCGUUGUAG